CGCGCCCCGUCCACGACCCAUCCGGAAGCCCCGCUGAAACUGGACCGUUUUCUUUUCUUGUUGUUAUUGAGAUCGACUCUCAAGUUCUGUUGUUGUCGCGCGCCGCGCCGCUCGCGCUGAUAACGCGAUGCCACGCCGACCUGCGCACGCGCACAUAGUAACGCUCCGCAGCUUUAAGCUCGCGCGGACACUUUAAAAAAAUAUUUCGCCCUCAGUGAUGGAAUGGAUAUUUUUUAUGGACAAGUGCCCAGUGGUUAACUAAUCGCGAGUAACUAUUUAUCAUUCAUACUGUGUGUUUUACUGUUUGAACCAAAUAGAAGUGUUAAUGAGAAAGUGAAACCGAUACUCUGUGUAAUUACAAUAUUCUGAACGGAAGGAUAUUUUUAAUUGAACUCUUUUUUUAAACAAAUUAAUUCUUGUGCGAUUGUUAGCGAAAAACUGAAAUAUAAUUGAAAAGGAUCACCUGAAAAUUUAUGAUCUUUUCUGCUGAACCAGUGUACCAUUACCGCCGCCAAGCUGACUACCGCAAAUGAGAUUAUACCCAGUUACCACGUCAAAGCGCUAAUAGGUAAUUAACGAGCAACCAUUAAAACUUGAACGCUAUAAAUCAACGUUCAACUGUAAUGGAGAAAAACGGAAUGGUCGGUGGCGCACGAGCCCGAUGAGCGCGUGCGCGGCGGCCGCCAUGCGCGAAAAGCACGCGGCGCCGCGCCGCCUCGCGUCCCCACCGGCAUCCCCGCUCGACCGCCACCCCAGCCCGCUGAGCAGCCCCCGCGCCGACGAGCCCCUCGACCUGCGCGUCACGCACAAACGCCCACCUCGUCUCGAAGACGAGAACUGCAACUUGAUCACACCCUCGCCGCCGCCACACCCCACUCACCCCACACACCCAGCUCACCCCGCGCACCCAGCGCUGCUACAGUUCUGUCGACGACUGCCGCUAGCUCUACCGGCUUCAUUCGGCCGCUAUCCCUUCCUACCUGCAGCAGCCGCUACGCUACUAGCCCCUGGAGCCCCUCGAGCUCCACCAGUGCCUCAAAAUCCUGGAGCUCCUAGAGCAAGGGACAGAUAUACGUGCUCCUACUGUGGGAAAGCAUUUCCUCGCAGCGCUAAUCUAACUCGACAUUUAAGAACGCACACGGGAGAGCAACCCUACCGCUGUAAAUAUUGCGAGCGCUCGUUUUCGAUAUCAUCGAAUUUGCAGCGACAUGUGAGGAAUAUUCAUAACAAAGAAAGACCGUUCCGGUGUCGUCACUGCGACCGUUGCUUUGGUCAACAAACCAAUCUCGAUAGGCAUCUCAAGAAGCACGAGGCGGAGAACGGGGAUGAUGGUCGCCGGCGGUCUCCGGAUGAGACGUACUUCGAGGAGAUCAGAUCGUUCAUGGGCCGCGUGGCGCCGGGUCGACGCGCCGCCGCCGCCACCGCGAGCCCCGCCGACCACACCUGAUAGUGACACGAGCUGACCACUUUCACAGUUACAAUAUCUGGUCGAUGCAUCCAAAUGACUCUUGUGUAUUUUAAUAAACUUUAUUGAGUGUGAAUUAAUUGAACAAAUAGUAAAUGAUAAGCGCCAACUUUAGUUACAAAUCUGUUUAAUGAGCAAUGGCAAUAUGGAAAUGCAAAGCAAACAUUGAAAAUGUUUCAGAACGUCAAGCCUCGAGUAAUUGUAUCACUAAGCAAACAAUGCAAUCGUAAUGAUCACGCAUCUUCAAUUCUGUAAAUACCCAUUAUUGUUACCGCGUUAGCACAUUGAAUUGGCGCAAACGAGUGAAAGUAAAUGUACUUGCCACCAAGUCGGCUAUUAGGAUAUGUAUUAUAAAUAAAGUGAUAUUGAAUCUCGUGUACUUAAUGUAAAUAUUAAGCUAUUGUAGUGUAUGUAGCUAGGAUGCGUACCGAAUUUUCUCUACCGAUAGUUAUACGAAAUAUGUAGUGUGUAUGUAUUCCUCGUCGUAAAGACAUAAAUAGAAAAUUAAUGUUAAGUGUUCAGAGAGUGUUCGCUAUAAUAGGUUACGCUAUAUCGAUGUACUGUACGGAUGUAAGUAGUUUCUUUGUACUAUUUUUUUUUUUGUAAAUUUCGCUUUAUUCGAUGUAAAAUAAUUAGUAUUAUUAGUCUGAGAGGAAACGCCGGUUACCAAUAAAAAUAUAACUUGUUGCUUAUUGAAGAUAUUAUUAAAUAUUUUUUACGAAAUGUUAGAAAAGUUGUUUUAAAAAAUUAUCUUACUUUCGAAAUUAUAUAUGUAUAUAAUGUAUACUGAAUGUUGCGUAAAUUAUUGUCGUUUUGGGCGCCUGCCACGGGUUGCAGUCCCGUGUGGUAAACCUGCCUUACUUGUUAAGUUUCAAAAUAUUACGCAAAUUAGAUAUUUUUAUUAUCAAUUUUAUUGAGAUUUUUUAAUUAGAAAUUAUACAUUUAUUAGAGAUUACUCCAGAAUUGUUUUAAACAUUGUACGUAUUCCAAAAUUAUGACUAAAUUAAUGUAAUUACAAAUCUGUGAUUUAAUUUAUUACUGGACAGCAAUAAAUGAGAAAAUAUUUGUAUCAGUUAAAUGAAUCUCUCAAAGAACUAAUCUGAACGUUCCUGUAAGUAUAGAUAGAUCUCUAUGAUUGUUGCGAGUGUAGACUUGAUAUAUUAUUUACAUAUAGACAUACAUAGAUACUAUAUCCCUUUAUCCCAAAACCAAAUCCCACAUCCAACCACAAUCUUGUCAACGACCAUCCAUCUCAGUUCAAAUCUAAAACAUAAUGUCAUGCAUUAAAAAUUUUAUACACAAAAAAAUAUGCAACAAAAUAUUUAUGUUGUAAACUUAAAAUACUAAAUUGAAUAACUCUGUGAUAAUGAGUCAAUGCAUGACACUUUAUUCUAUUCCAUUAAUUAAUUUCCAAUACCUUAUUUGUCCAGCAGUGGACAUAUUCCGGCAGUUGAUGUAUAUGACAUUAUUUGUACCAAACUUCCUAUGACAGAAAAUGCAAAGCGAAACGAUAGGAAACCUCCUAAAUCUUGCCUAUUUUUUAAGAAAUAAAAGUCCUAUAUUUUGCCUUACUGUCCAAUAAAAAGUUUCGCAGAACAGUUAUCAGUCAUCAGGAAAAUGGAAAACUCGAACAUAAAGUCUUACUAUUUUAAGGUUGAAUCUCGAUUGCAUAUCAUAAGUCAAUAACAAAUAAAACUGUAGAAUUAAAGUUAAUUUCAACCUUAUUGAAAUUUUAAUUUUCUAAAGCUUACCUACAAAAAUAGUAAAGGAUUUUAUGGUCGAUUUUCCUUCAACUUUGGUCUCUGUUCUCCCAAGCCAACGUUACCUACAGUAUGAAUGUUUUCGUAGUACUCGUACCAAAUCUUGUUUGAAUCACAUAAGAGAUGCUAUUUAACUUAUCACUAGAAUGUAUAAUUAAUAGAGAUUAUUACCUUAUUGUUUUAUACUUUUGAUACCUAUUAGUCGUUCAAAGGUCACCGAAUACCUUGUCAAAAUGAAUAAAUAACAAUAAAUAUUUUA